AACGGCCUCUGAGAGCCUCGAGGAGAACGGGUGAGCUCGGAAUCCGCCAUGUCAUGGGUGAGCACCUUUGUCAACACAGAAGAGGGUAGCUGCAACCAUGUCAUGCUGUGCUGAUGCAGUGUCCUAUGAGGAUGUGCAUGUGAACUUCACCCAUGAAGAGUGGGCUUUGCUGGAUCCUUCCCAGAAGAGUCUCUACAAAGAUGUGAUGCUGGAAACCUACUGGAACCUCACUUGUAUAGGAUACAAAUGGGAAGAUCACAAUGUUGAAGAACAUCAUCAAAAUUCUACAAAACAUGAAAGGUGUGUCAUUUGUCACUCUGGAUACAAUCCAUGUGAGCAUAAGGGGAAUGGAAAGAAGCACUGGACUUCUGUUUCACUCAGAACGACUGGAAGAUAUGUGGUAGUCCCCACUAUGAGAAGACAUGAUGACUGUGAUACAAGUUUACAAUUAACUGGUUUUCCAACUUCAUUGGGAAUUCAUCAACAAACUCUCAUUGGAAAAAAACCUUAUGAAUAUGGAAAUUCAUCUUCCUCUACUGGUUCACCAUGUACAUGUAGUGUUGCUCACAAUAUAAGAAAAUGUUAUGAAUGCAGUCAGUGUGGUCAGACCCUGAGUUCUUCAAGUUCUCUUCAAAGAUGUGAAAAAUCUCAUGUGGGAAGAGAAAAUACUGAAUGUGAGUCAUCUAGUAAAGGCUUUAGGCUUUACAGGCAUCUUCAAACACACCAAAAACCCAAAAACAAAGAGGCCCUCUAUCAACAUGAUAAAGCUUUUAGAUCUGAUUGCUCUUUAGAAGUACACCAAAGAACUCAUUUAGAAGAAAAACCCUAUGAGUAUAAUCAAGGUUAUAAAGUCAUUUCAUGUCACAGUCUACAGAAUCAAAGUGAUCUUCACAGACAUGAAAGAAUUAAUACUGGAGAGAAACCAUAUGAAUAUAAUCAAUGUGGUAAAGCCUUUGCAGAGAAGAGAAAUCUUCACAGUCAUGAAAGAUUUCAUACUAGAGAGAAACCCUAUGUAUGUAAUCAAUGUGGUAAAGCCUUUGCACAGAAGAGCAGUCUUCAAAUUCAUGAAAUGAUUCAUACUGGAAAGAAACCCUAUGAAUGUAAUGAAUGUGAUAAAGCCUUUUCAGGGAAGAGUAGUCUUCGCAGUCAUGAAAGAAUUCAUACUAGAGAGAAACCCUAUGUAUGUAAUCAAUGUGGUAAAGCCUUUGCACAGAAGAGCAGUCUUCAAAUUCAUGAAAUGAUUCAUACUGGAAAGAAACCCUAUGAAUGUAAUGAAUGUGAUAAAGCCUUUUCAGGGAAGAGUAGUCUUCGCAGUCAUGAAAGAAUUCAUACUGGAGAGAAACACUAUGAAUGUGAUCAGUGUGGUAAAGCCUUUGCAUGGAAGAGUCAUCUUCAAAGUCAUGAAAGAAUUCAUACUGGAGAGAAACACUAUGAAUGUAAUCAAUGUGGUAAAGCCUUUGCAUGGAAGAGUUAUCUUCUCAGCCAUGAAAGAAUUCAUACCGGAGAGAAACCCUAUGAAUGUAAUCAAUGUGGUAAAGCCUUUGCACAGAAGAGUCAUCUUCAAAGUCAUGAAAGAAUUCAUACUGGAGAGAAACCCUAUGAAUGUCAUCAAUGUGGUAAAGCCUUUGCAACGAAGAGUUAUCUUCUCACCCAUGAAAGAACUCAUACUGGAGAGAAACCCUAUAAAUGUGACCAAUGUGGUAAAGCAUUUGCAAAGAAGAGUAAUCUUCACAAUCAUGAAAGAAUUCAUACUGGAGAAAAACCCUAUGAAUGUAAUCAAUGUGGUAAAGCCUUUGCAGUGAAGACUCAUCUUCAUAGUCAUGAAAGAAUUCAUACUGGAGAGAAACCCUAUAAAUGUGAACAAUGUGGUAAAUCCUUUGCACAGAAGAGUAGUCUUCAAAGUCAUGAAAGAAUUCAUAUAGGAGAGAAACCUUAUGAAUGUAAUCAAUGUGGUAAAGCCUUUGUACAGAAGAGUAAUCUUCUCAAUCAUGAAAGAAUUCAUACUGGAGAGAAACCCUAUAAAUGUGACCAAUGUGGUAAAGCAUUUGCAAAGAAGAGUAAUCUUCAUAGUCAUGAAAGAAUUCAUACUGGACAGUACCAUAUGGAUGUAAUCAAUGUGGUAAUUUAAGAUGUGAGCUGACGUGAGCUGCCAUGUGGGUACUGUAAACUGAACUCUGUUUUCUACAAGAGAUACUUGUUUAAUCCAGUUCCAUAUGGGUUCAGGCCCCAAAGAAGUGUUCAGGCAUCAGCAGAUGAAGGAGACUGCCAUGGUCUGAGCAUGAAGCAGUAUAGUUGCUGCUUUAUUGAAAAACGACUAUACAUUUUAUGCUCAAUAACUGAAUCUUAGUUUAGACUCAAGCAGGUUAAAAACAGACUUAAUGAUUUUAGGAUAAAAGCAGCCAUCAACCUCAUUACAGCAUUUUUCCUGAGGCAAAAAUUGAUAAAUUCGCUGGGCAGUUUUGGCGCACACCUGUAAUCACAGCACCUGGGAGGGCAGAGGCAGGUG